UCUGUUGAUUUUUUUAUUAGAUCUAUGUACACGGAGUCUGACAUAGUACCUGGUACCUCUGGUUAUCUCCUGCGCCAGGAUCCUCCGGUACUGUCGGUCCUUAUCAGGAAAACAACGCCAUCGAAAAAUCCCCUGGUGUAAAUUGGAUUGCUAGUUGAAACCUACAAACUAUACGCAGCUUCUUUCCACAACAGCUUACAAUCUCUGAUACCAAAACUGUUAAAACAGAGAUAUAUCUCAAGACUGCUACAACAGAUAUCUGAGACCUCCAGACUGUUAUAUUGCUACUCCCCGGUGAAUCAGCCCGUCGCAGGACCCUCUAUUGCGCUUUGAUCCGCCAAGCUGCCAUAUUUGCUACGAAUCGCCUGUUAUCAGCCAUAUUAUCUACGGGUUAGGUAUUUCAGCGUUGUCUUUCGCCAAAGCUGAAUAUCGCUUGCUCACCUUAAGUCGAACCCUCCCUUAGCCGCUUUUGAAUACACACAGCCGCUUAUAUGACAGAAAUAUUGAUGCCAGAUUGGGUGUCCAUGGACAUUGGCGAUCUAGGAAAAUCUAUCUAUAAUGACCACCCACUAGAUGAUGACACGCGGCCGUUGAAGAAGAAGGCGAUCGUGGAGGCCCUCGUCGAAGACAACCGCGAGCUCUUGGCCGCGUUGAGCAGAUCGCGCGGCGGGCUCUUGAACAGUGAGUUACGGUUCCAGGUGUGGUCCGCGUUGCUAGGAGUAAGCAGUCUAGCGGACGACGCCACGAUCAGGGAGAGUGUGAUGUUUAACUCGGCGUUGAUGGACAGCGAUUUGACCCAUGUGGAUGAGUUUGAAGCUGCCACCCAAAAGGAGGCGGAAGGGGCGGAAGAGCCUACCGAUGAAGAAAAGUCGGACAGAGCGUCUUAUGAGAAGAUGCUCCCACACAAGGACGAAAACCAGGUCAAGCUUGAUGUUGAUCGGUCUUUCAUCUUCUACCCCGCGAACCCGCUGACUGAAGACCUUCUCCACAUGCGCUCGGACCUCACCCAGCUUAUCACCCGGAUCUUGCGGACUAACCCAUUCCUCCACUACUACCAAGGCUACCACGACAUUGUCUCCAUCAUCUAUCUCGUGUUCCGGGACUACGACCCGCUGCUCUCCCAGACGUAUGCAGUUUUGGAGCAUCUCACACUCAACCACUUGCGUGACUUUAUGAUCCGCGAUAUCCAGCCGUCCAUCGACCAGCUAAUGCUCUUGCCGGAACUAGUAGCACGGAUUGACCCGAAAUUUGGGCAGACCAUCGGACGCAUCCAACCCUUCUAUGCGCUUUCGUCCAUCUUGACCAUGUUCAGCCACGACGUCACCAAAUUUGAAGACAUCUGCAUGAUCAUGGACUUUAUUAUGGCUACCGGAGAGGCCUCCAGCUCCAUAUACAUUUUUGCGGCCGUUCUCUUCUACCACAAGUCCGAUAUCAUGCGUGGCGAGGCCGAGAUGGAUACCCUUCACUCGGAACUAUCCCGGCUCUUUGUGGGGCUAGAGACUGGCGACUUGUUUAGCGUGUUGCUACACGCAAACCUCUUGGCGGUCCAGUUCCCCCUUCUGGACUUGAGCGCCUUUCAGGACGGAAUUUCCCAGUACAGCGUUUUGAAAACCACCUCAAGGGGUGGGUUUGAAGCUGAGUGCGAGAGUGAGACGGAGGACGUGGAGCAGCCUCUCCGCCGUCGCAACAAUCCCUCGCUCGAGGCUUCUGAUUCGGAUAUUGCCUCAUCUUUGACGUCAUCCAUCAGCUCGCUCCAGACCACAUCUUCCAAGUCGUCGACAUCGGAGACUGGGAAAGCUCAUACUCCGUACGCCACCUGGAAAGACCGCAUCGAGGCCUUGACCGAGAAACUUGGUUCGGAGGUGGAGGCGAAGAAGCAAGAGCAAGAGCAGGAGAGAUUGAAGCAAUCGGCGGCUCUUCCGGAGAAGAAAAUUGUGCGGCGCAAACUCAAACUAUCAUUGCUCGUCAAGCUUUCGUUAACGGUGGGGAUCUUAUCAUUUGUGAUACACUACUACAAGGAUGUGUUGCCCCUGGGUGUGACUCAAACCGUGACAUUUAUCUCUAAUCGGUUGGCUCAGUUGAGAGGACCAUUGGUUUUUGAGAGAACGGGGCGCGUUGCGGGCGGCAUCUUGAACAGAGUAGGACUCGGAAACUUGAAAGAAUUUCGGUUCUGAGUAGAGUGUAAGCCAUAUCACACUCUACUUAUGUCUAUGUUAUGCAACAUGAUCAAAGACAGGUUUAGAUAGCGAGGGCGAAUCCGUUCCAACCGUAGGUUAGCUAGCGGAGAUAACUACUACCAGAGCGUCAGAUUUCUAAGGGAAACAAAGGACAUGGU